AUGGUUAUAAGAUCGAAGAGCUCUGGCAUUAGGGUUUCUCUCUCUGAAUGGUGGUUGGUCACUUCAAAUGAAAGCUGGCUAGAAUCUGUGGAUUUAAUUGAGAUUGAGAACAAGAUAUAUGCGAGAGAUGUUACAGGACUGAUGGAUAAUUUUCCUGGUUUUCUUGUACUCAUAAUUGAUAAUGAUGAACGGGUUUGUGAUCAGAAUAAAGUAAAUGGAAGUGAUGUUACAUACACCAGUAACAAUGAAAUUGACUCGGAUGAAGCGAAAUCAAAGUCUUUUAGAAAAUUUAAACCGGAUGAGAUACCUUGUAUGCCUUCUAACAUUGAUCUUGAUGAGUGGAGUCACACUGAAUCCAGAACCAGUAGUAUCCCAUCUCACGCUUCUACAACUCAGUCCACGAAUUCUAUGAGUCAGUUCCUUUCUCAGUGCAGUCUCAUUCCAGGUAAUAUAAGCUUCAAACUUAGCAGAACCACCAGCUUGGGGUCAUCUCGACCUUGUCCUGAUUCUUCACAAAGUCUUUCUAUGUUUAACAAUGAAGACGAGCUUAGUCUCCAUAAUAGAAAUCAAACUCAACAAUAUAGGGACGAUAACAGAGGUCAACAGGCUGUGAAUGUCGAUAAACAUGAGAAGGAUACAAGAGCAUGGACAAUACUUGAAGGGAUGACUGCACCUCAAGCUGCUAGAGUUAUUCAUUCUGACUUUGAGAAGGGUUUCAUUCGAGCAGAGAUAGUGGCUUAUAAUGACUUUGUUGCUGCUGGUUCACUCGCUGCAGCACGAGAAAAAGGACUUUUGAGAUCUGAAGGCAAAGCCUGCUGCCAAAAAACACCCCUUUACCGAUCCAGCAAAAACACCCAAAAAACACUUCAUAACACAGCUUCAUCGUCAUCAUCAAUACAACUUCAACAACCUCCAAUUCGCAGAGCUUCAUACUGCAACUAUCAUCGCGCAACUUCGAUCAUCGUCACUGGUAUUUCACCAAAUCUGCAACAACGACAAAUCUGCAACCUUGCAUCAUCAUCAUCGACUCAAAUUUUAGAUCGGUUUCAUAAAUAUCGCGAGUUAUGCAAUAACAUAAGGAUGGAGUUUGAGAAGGUGAAUGGCGGAAGAAGAAAGAAGGAGAAUGAUGAUGAUGCCACCACGGUGCGGCACGGUGCGAGUGAGAAGAGAGGAAGUUUUGCAGCUCCGUGGUUGAGGAAGAAGAGACCUAGGUUGAAGUGA